AUGCAUGACCUAAUCGCGGGCCUUGCGAGGCCGCAGGUAGUGGGCACUAUCAUCUGCAGCGUCCUCGUGGCGAUUGGCAGUGCCCUCUUCCACCAAGUCUUGACAAGGACUCCGUUACCAUCAAAUGCUCCAGAGCAAUGGACCAAGAAUGAUUGGCCUAUUGCGGGCGCCUGGCGCUUCUACAAAAGUCGCCGAGAUAUGUAUCUCGAGGCCCAACAGUCGACUAAAACGGGCAACUUCAGUUUUUACGUUGGCAAGAAGCUCAUCGUGGGAUUAAAUGGUUCCGAAGGGAAGAAGACUUUCUUCGACAACCGGGAACUAUCCAUCAGUCAGGGAAAUGCUGAUCUGUUGACCGGAGUUCCCGCCCCUGAGUCGAGCGAAUUUUAUCAUCUAUUCACAAAAAUCAUUACAACUCUACUCAAGACCACGAACUUUCUCAGUGUGUUGGAUCACUUCAAGGCCGACUCACGCCGCGCGUUUGACGGUCUUAUCGCUGCACCAUGUGCUAGGCCUGGCCAAGACUGGAGGGUUAUGGCCCCGUUUGAUUUCAUGCAGAGACUGAUCUACCAACUCACCGUGCGCGCGACCGGAGCGCGGGAGGUUGCCGAGGACCCCAAGCUUCUGGAAUCUACCUUGCGGAUGAUAGGCGAAUUUGAGGGCAGGGCGAGCCAUGCACGAAUCUACUUUCCUUGGCUUCCGACAACAAACUACAUGAUUCAAAUGCUGAAUGGAAUAAAGAUGUACAUGAUUUUCGAUAAGAUCAUCAAGGAUAGAAAGAAAUCGGACAAGACCGUGGAUGAUCCUUUUCAGAGACUUAUGGAUGAUGGUUUGAGUGUACAGGACAUUGUGUCGUUCGAGAUAGCGGCACUUGUUGCCGGGCUUAUCAACAGUACUAUCCAUGCUGCUUAUCUGCCAAUCUACUGGGCAACGAACUCUGAAUGGAAAGCCUGUGUCAAAGAAGAGGUUGAUCGUGUCAUUGCGAAAUACAGGGCAUCCGAGGACCAGUCACCCGCUGACAUUCUGGACACACUCAGUCUCGACCAGUGGGAAACGGAAUUCAAGUUUAUAGAUCUCUCGUUGCGCGAAUCAAUCCGACUAGGACAGCCCGGCACCGCCUUCCGCAAGAACACAACAAACAAGAACAUCCCCAUCGGUAAUACGGGAGAAGUCAUUCCUCCGGAUGCCUAUGUUGCAUACUUGGUUGAUAACACGGGCUUGAGUGAAGAUAUUUAUCUCGAUCCGCUAACGUUCAACCCACGCCGAUUCGAAGAGAAUGUCACAGAGCAGAUGAAGCAGCCUCACUCGUACCUCGGCUGGGGUAGUGGACGACACAUCUGCCUGGGUAUGCGGCUCGCUAAGCUUGAGGUGACCAUGGUAAAUGCCUAUCUGGUCUCCCAGUUUGACUUCGAACUCUCAGACAAGCACGGGAAUAGCAGGGUUGAGCCACUUGCCCCGAUAAAUAGAAAUCUGCACCAGUUUAACCGGCCAGCGGAGUCUGUCUACCUUCGCUAUAAGUCUCGAGCACUUCCGGACCAUUAG